AUGUCAGCGAUUUCCUAUCCGCUGGUAUCGCCGAAAAGAAGUAUGGCCGGGUCAGAGUUGCCUGAAGCUCGCAGCGACGAGGACGCGGUAAUGGCUGUGAUGGGACUCUCGUUAGCUCCGCUAUCUCUUCCGUUGGAGUGGAGUAGCGACGAUCCCACAAGCUUCAAGUCCUCCCAGUCCUCCUACGCAACAGCUGAAACCAUUGCGGUUAGUUGCAUCUACGCUCAAGUUCCGCUCGUCAAAGCAGUGCCCAUCUCGGCAUCACCGGACUCUGGACUUCUCAAGGAUGAUGCAGUGAUAGUUGCUGGAUUUUAUGAGAACGUACCUGCGAAUUCCGACUGGAUAAAUGCUGGACUUCUAUGUUCAAAAGCUCGGAGUGGAGUCCUCGUCACAUCUCAGGACCUGGUGAAAACUUCGCGAUUGCGCCGAAGCAGACGACGAGGUGGUAGCGAUCAGAGACGACGUUUUGUAGCUUGGUGGAGGAAAAAAGUGCAGAAAUACAAGUCCAUCAGUCGAUCUAAAUCUACUGGAGUUUCCCGGGAAUCCAAAGAAGUUAAAACUAAUUGA